CCACCGGGCCACGGCGCCCUCUCCGGCCUCCUCGCGCCGUCCGGUCGCGCCCUCCCGCACUGCCCUCCGUGCUUCCAGUUGCUUCUUUCCCAGACCGCUCCAUUUCCUGACCGUUCUCCCCUGCUUCCUGUUUCUUUUUCCUGCUCCCCAGUCUCUUCCGAGUCCCUGCUCUUCUGUGUCGCGAUGCUCCCUUGUCACCCAAUAGUUUCUUGGCCAAAUUCCCCCAAGUCCCCACCCCCGGCCUCUGUUUGUCUCCCUCCCGCUCGCUGCUCCUCCCUUCUGGUCCCCUGGGCUUAAAAAUAACCACCCCUUUCCUCCCUCGGAGCCCCCACAGCACUCCAAGACCUUCUUCAGGCCCAGCGUGUUCUCACCCUCCACUUGGGCAGUGCGGGCCCUAACUGGCCAAGUCCCCAGGAAGGGUACACACAGUCUGGGGUGGGUGGGCCCUCGCCCGGGAAGCAGCCUUCUGCAGGUUUCCAGCCUGUAAUCUCACAGUGCAGGAGCAUUGAGUCAGGGGAGGCCAGCUGUGCGUGGUAGGGCCUGGAGCAGCCCUCUGGGGAAGAGUGUAUGGAUUUCUGACAUUCCCUGGAGUUUGUGUUUUUGCCGUUUUCUCUUGGGGGUGAAGGCUGAAGAUAAAAGUGCAGUUUAGAUAGGGUAGCCGGAGGCUCUGUAACUUAACCCUGCCAAGAAUAAGAAUCUGUCUGUAAAGUUAAUUCUUUUGUCUUAGUAUAAACCCUUUCCAAAUUGAUCAGUUUAUCAGAUUUUCUCAGGAGAAACAACUUUGGAUUCCCUUCCUCCCCCUCCACCCCCCAUCAGAUCUUAUUAUGAAUGAGAACAGUCUCAGCCUUAAGCAAACUUAUGAACAAAGUGAAAAGCUUCUGUUUCUUGCACAUCUGCACCACCUGCCCCCAGCGCUGCCCUCCCCAGAUGGCCAGGGACCUGGGACCAUCCCACCUGGGGAGGAAUUCCAUAUGAUCUCUCCUUCCCCUCCUCCUUGUCCCCAGUCAAGACAGCUGUCAUCUUUGAAAGUGAUCUGACAAACUACUUCAUACCUUUCAGGGAGAGCUCCAUACCCAAGGGGAGGUGACUGACAGACAAGACCUUCUCCUUAAGAAGUGAAUUUCUAAUGCCUCCGAUGCAAGAAUUUCACUGUCAGAGGCUGGAGUUGAUAUUGGUGGUCAAAGGAGAUAAUUUCAGGCGGGCGAUCUCUCAGGCUCCUCAGUGUAUAGCCUAUAGGCAGUACCCUAGAAGUUUGACUGGCCCCACGUGGAUUGUCGGGAAGGGUGGGAACCCCUCUUUUCCUCUGUACCCCUGCAGUGUGGGCAUAGGUCUUCCCCCUGGCUAAGUCAUCAGGUUAAGACCCCAGCAAGUUGUUUGACUUAAGGAGAAAGCGUGCUUUUCCUGCUCUCUUCUGACAAAAUAGAAUAGCAGUCCUUACCUUCAGAAGGAAAUUAUCUGGUACAAUUUCUUUGGUUUGGAGUUAGAAUAGCUAAUAAUAGACUCAGGCAGUGAUUAGCUCCCUACUUUCUUCUCUCUAAUGGUCUGUUUUGGCUAACCUGCGUUCUCCUGUUUCUUCUAUUCUUCCUGUAUUCCUUUUUUUCUUUGUUUCCUUUCUUUUUCUUUAUUAUUAUUAUUAUUGUUAUUAUUAUUAUUUUUGGUUUAAGCCCAGCUCAAGGUUUUCGGAGACUAUAAAUGAAUUUUGAGGCUUGAUGAGCCCCCAUCACAGACUUGUUUGAUAAUUGUAGUGUUGGCCAACGGUCAGGGGCUUUCCAAAUACAGGGAACUAUGGAAAGGUGUGUUAAGGAGCUUACUGAGCUUUUUAGUAAAUAUUAAUGAGUAGUCACCAUGUGCGUGGCCCUUUAGGGGCAAGCAGAGAUUCUACAAUAAUAGUAUCACAUAGAAUGUGAUAAGAUACGGUCACACCACAUACACAGUGUGUCUGGAAUGACUGUGGGAGAUGUCCCUCUGGCAAGGGCCCUGGUCCCCACUACUGAUUUUGAAAGACAAGAUUGCCUGGGCAGCCAAGGCAAUGGGAAGUGUGUCCUGGCCUCUGCUUCCGUGUUAUUGCUUCUUUCCUCGUCGUAAUGGCCUCCUAAGCAUCCUUCUUGCCUUUGUUUCCUACGCACAACUUCCAGAUGACUUCCUAAAACACCGCCCGGAAAAUGUCACUGACCUGCUCCCCAUUGCCUACAAAAAAAAUAUUCAGACUUCUCGUCUUGGCAUUCAAAGCUCCGUAUACUCACUCGUCAAUCCAUUCUUGCCCAAGACACACUUUGCAGAGUGCCUUCUGCAGGAAAUGUCAUCUCUAGUUGUUGAAAUCUGACCCAGUUCUUCAAGUUUUAGUUCCGACAUGACAUGAGUAAAGCCUUCUCUGUUCUAGCCUGUUGGAAAUUACCCCUCUUUUCCUAGAGGUCACUUUCCACCUCUCCUGUGUCGUCACAGUACUUCCUGUAGUUGAGUUGUUCAGUGCGGUUUUGUAUUCUCUUCUCCUUUGUGGCACUGUACUGCCUGUGGCAUCUAGCAUAGUGUCCUGUAUGUAGUAGGCACUCAGAAGAUACUUCUUGAAUAGAUUAAAGGAGAUACGCAGUUCUCUGCAAUAAAGCAUGAAGUUAGAGGGAGAUGCAUCCAGGAUCCCUGGAGAGGGCUUGGUGGAGCUGGUGGCCUCAGUGGGACCUCACUGGGGACUGUUAGGAUCUAGACAAGUGUAGGGGGCACAGGGCAUCUUGGGCAGAGGAGUGGCCUGAGCAAAGACCAAAUGGUAGAAAUAAAUGUCUGUGGGGAGGGACUGUGCAUUUUUGUGCAUUUUUCUCUUGCAAACAUUUGCUCUGCAAGAAAAGAGAAGAAAUGCCCUUUUUUGGGAGAAGUGUUCAGGGAAAGUGGUUGUUAUCAGUUCAAGGUCAGUUCCAACAAGACCGUGGAGAUGGAAAGAGCACUUCUGGAAAUGGCGGCGGGGUGCGGGGAGGAGGGUGGCGUUUAGGGCUUGCUCAUAGAGUCAGAAUCCCCCAGGGCCAAGAGAAGGAGCUAGAGGAGGCAUGGAUGGGAGCAGAGCUAGCUAAGGAGGAGUUAGGGCUGCACAGCCUGCAGCCUUGGCCCAAAGCUGCACUCCCAUUACAAGUAAAGCUCUUUCUUAAUAUUAUGCUAACGUUACCCAUCUGGCUGAACUGAGCCUGUCAUGGCCUUGAACACAGCUUUUCACAGUCUCAGAUUCAGAAGGAGCUGAAAGUUUCGUUUUUAACACAUGUUCCAUCUCUGUCUUGCUUUUGUUGUUUUGGGGGUACCCCCCGUUUUCCUCUGUGUACCUCCAUUGUAGCAUAACUAUGUUGCAUUGAAAUGAUCUGUUUCUGUCUGUUUACUGCACCAACAUUCUUCACUCCUCUGGGACAGGGAUUGUGGCAUCAUGACAUGUGGCAGGAGUACAGCAUUUCCAGGAGAGGGGGGUUCUGGGGAGAAGUGCCAGGAGGUUGUCGGCAAGAUAUGGAGACAGUGCGGACGUGCUUCCUAUACAUGUGUUACUCUUCCUUUUGAGAAUUCGGGAUCACAGUGCCUCCUCCAGGGCCUCGCACUGACCCGACACUUAGUAGAUGGUAGAAUGUCCGUUCCGAUGAGUGCUGGUAGCAGCGGAGCCCGUGAUCACGCAGUUUAUGUCUCUGCUCUCUCUGCAGCGGGAGCCCAGCAUUGACCUGCUGGAGGCGUUCGUGGAGCACUGGAAGGGUAUCACGCACUACUACAUCGAAAGCACAGAUGAAAACACCCCAGCCAAGAAGACGGACAUUCCCUGGCGGCUGAAGCAGAUGCUGGACAUCCUGGUGUACGAGGAGCGGCAGCAGGCAGCGGGCGAGGCCGGGCCCUGCCUCGAGUACCUGCUGCAGCACAAGAUCCUAGAAACCCUGUGCACCCUGGGCAAAGCCGAGUACCCGCCAGGCAUGCGGCAGCAGGUGUUCCAGUUCUUCAGCAAGGUGCUGGCCCAGGUGCAGCACCCCCUCCUGCAUUACCUCAAUGUCCACAGGCCUGUGCAGAAACUUCUCCGGCUUGGUGGGACAGUUCCCGGAUCCCUCACAGAAAAGGAGGAGGUGCAGUUCACCACCGUCCUCUGCUCCAAGAUCCAGCAGGAUCCGGCCCUGCUCACCUACAUCCUGGAAGGUAAAAAGACUGUCACUAGGAAGAAGGCAUCCAGAGAACCCACCACCCUGCCUCAAGAGCCAGCGAGCCCCCACAACAGGGCCCCCGACAGGGGUUCCUGUGGGGCCUGGGGCUUGACAGCCCCGCUGCCUGCUGAGACUGAGGAGCCUGAUGGAGGAAUUGGGGAGAGCAACCUGAUCACCUCCCUGACUGGCUUGUGCAAGAGCAAGAAAGGUCGGGUGGCCUUGAAGGCCCAGGAGAACCUGCUGCUCCUGGUGAGCGUGGCUUCCCAGGCAGCCGCCACCUACCUGGUGCAGAGCAGCCCCUGUUGCCCUGUGAUCGUUGAGCACCUUUGCCAGCUGUACCAGUCCAUGCCCACCCUCCUGGACCCUGCAGACGUUGCUGCUUUGGAAGGUAUCAGCUGGAGGUUACCCAGUGCCCCGUCUGAUGAGGCUUCCUUCCCUGGCAAAGAGGCCUUGGCUGCCUUUCUGGGGUGGUUCGAUUACUGCGACCAGCUCAUCAUGGAGGCACACACGGUGUUUGCGGAUGCCUUGGCAAAGGCUGUGGCUGAGAAGUUAUUUGUGGAGAUUCUGCAGCCCCAGCUCCUGCACGUGUCCGAGCAGAGCAUCCUCACCACCACCGCCUUGCUCACGGCCCUGCUGCGCCAGCUCCGCUCCCCUGCGCUGCUUCGAGAGGCUGUGGCUUUCCUCCUGGGCACGGAGCAGCGGCCUGCAGUCCCUGGGGACAGCCCCUGCACUCUGCGCACUCACCUUGUCAGGCACUGUGACCACCUCUCUGAUGAGAUCAGCAUUGCCACGCUGCGGCUGUUUGAAGAGCUGCUUCAGAAGCCCCAUGAGCAAAUCAUCCGCAGUCUGAUCCUGUGCCACCUCGAGGGCCGCCUGUAUGUGGUCCGGGGCUCACCGGAGCCUGAGAGCUAUGAGGACACCCUAGACCUGGAGGAGGACCCCUACUUCACAGAUGGCCUCCUCAAUGCUGGCUUUCAGCCCUCUGCCAAGCACCCCCCAGCCCCUGCCACCAACUCAGAUGGCAAAACGGCAGUGACUGAAAUUGUCAACAGCUUCCUCUGCCUCGUGCCUGAGGAAGCCAAGACCUCAGCCUUCCUGGAAGACACUGGAUAUGACACGUAUGUCCACGAUGCUUACGGACUGUUCCAGGAGUGCAGCUCCCGAGUUGCCCCCUGGGGCUGGCCCCUGGCACUCACACCCCUGGACCCCCAUGAGCCCGAGCGGCCUUUCUUUGAGGGUCACUUCCUCCGAAUGCUGUUUGACCGCAUGUCCCGCAUCUUGGAACAGCCAUACAGCCUGAACCUGCAAGUGACCUCAGUCCUGUCUCGGCUCGCCCUCUUCCCCCACCCCCUUAUCCACGAGUACCUCCUGGACCCCUACAUCAACCUGGCCCCUGGCUGCAGGAGCCUAUUCUCUGUGCUCGUCCGGGUAAUUGGGGACUUGAUGCAGAGAAUUCAGAGGGUACCCCAGUUCCCAGGAAAACUGCUCCUGGUGCGCAAGCAGCUGAUGGGUCAGGUCCCUGGGGAGCAGUUGGACCACCAGACCCUCCUCCAGGGUGUGGUAGUCCUGGAGGAAUUCUGCAAGGAGCUGGCUGCCAUUGCUUUCGUCAAGUUCCCGCCCCAUGGUCCUCACCUGUGCCUCUCUCCACCUCCGGAAGGGCAUGUCUGAGCCAGGAGCAUGACGGGAGGGGAGGCUCCUGUCCUCCCCUCUGCCCAGGAGCUGCCUUUCGCCUGGCACAGCCGCCACCACUCUUCUCCCAGGUGGGGGCUUGGCUCCAUCUCCUCUGUAUCCAGGGACCUCUGCCUCUGGAGGCCUGGGCUUUGGCUCCCAGGAUACCUCAGACACCCUUCCUUGUUAGCUACACCAGGCUGGGCUUCAGGAAGUGGGUCUCCAAGGUACCAAAAGCCAAGAAGCAAAAGAGGGGACCUCCCGGGCAGCAUGGUAUCCUUGAGGCCUUCCCAGGGAAGCUCAGUGAUGGCCAAGUGAGCACCUGAACCAAGACUCUCCUGUGUUCUGUGUCUGUCACCUGCUCUACGGGCCAUUUGUGGCGUGGGCCAAGACUUGUGACUCAGUUCAAGGGCACAACGCGGAGUGAGCCGAUGGCUCCGAGGCUGGUCAGAACCGUAGGUCAGAAAGAUGUAGACAUGGGAGCCCUGUCACUGUCACCCUAGGUACCAUAGAUGCCGCUGAAACUUGACCUUUCUUCUUCCUGCUUCCUUGACUUAACCUUUGGCGAAGGGGCAGCAGAUGGCAGGGUAGCCCUCUCUGCCUGCCUGGUCUUCCCGGACACUGUUGCAAAAUCCCCAACCGUCUCAUGGCAAAUGGCCAAAGCAUGCUCCGCGCCCAGGCGGGGGCAGCUGCUAAUGAGAACCUUGAUGCAACUGCACCGGGGCGGGAGAGGGCCUGGAGAGCUGGGGCUGGGCGCCAGGCUCCAGCUCCAGCUGGUUUCUCUCUCUGGCGCCUUCUGAACCCGUCUCAGCAGGUCCACGACACCUGGGCAGAGGGACUCAGAGACGGGGGAAGGCCAGGCCCAGUGUUCUCAAUGGACGGCUCUUCCAGGGGAGCAAGGGAGCUCAGGGUACAGAUGAGGCCAGGAUGCCCACCUGACUGCAGGCGCCCAAGGCCUGGCAGAGCGGGACUGGGGCACAGACAGCAAUCCUGAUGCUCUUCUCCCCGCAUGCCCUCGGAGGCUGGGACUGCUACCCCACCCGGCCUGAAUCUGUCUCGACCUGCAGGAACACACAGGCGGCGCCAGGCAUUACCUCAGCAGGACUGCAGUUGCUGGCUUUGCUCCUGGGCAGGGAGGAGCAGGCCAGAGCCCCUUUCGCUUCCUUUUCCUGCCCAUGCCGCUUCUAGGAGCCAGCUGCAGGUUGCCAAGAGGUGACAUGAAAGAGGAGCAAACUCAGUGACCUCUACCUCUCCCGCAUUCCUCCAAGCUGGGGAGGACUUGAACCGCUGCUCUGAAAGACCGCGUAUGUGCGUGCAUGCGCGUGUGCGCAUGUGCGUGUGGUGUGGGACGGGAGCAGAGCUCAGUGGGCAAACUGGGUCUGGACUCUUCAAUUCAGAAAAUGUUCAAGCAUCCAGGAAUCACAGACACUCCCCGCUUCGAUGCACUUUGGCAUUCUCACGGUGUCCCCCAGACACCAUGGCAAUAAAUGGUGUGGUUUGCGUGGACACUGCUGCCCUGUCCUUCUCCAUCCUUCGUGUCCUUCUGCCCAGGGCUCCACUGCUAAUUCGGGCCCAUCUUCCUCCCCAGGGAAGACAAAUUAAGUUCCUUUUUCAGCACUGGGGUGGAGGGGGUGGGGUGGUGGUAAACAGAGACAGGCUCUGGCAGAGCAAAUCUGAUGUUCCUCAGCGCUUGCCAGGAACAGCCUCUCCUGGCAACACUGUUUCUGCUCAGCUUGCCCACGACUGAGGGCUGAGUAGCCUCAGAGACACCAUGAGGGUGUAGGCCGUCUGGAGCAUCUGUAUGCAACUUUCAUUUUCAGGUGCUUAGGUCGUGCGUUGUACAACUACUUUAGUGAACAGUGGGCCUGAUAGUUUAAAACUCUCACUCUAAAUGUAUGUGGAGAUCCUCUGAGGGGGUCACCAAGAGUGUGCUGGGGCAGAGCGAGCUGAAGACUCAAGAGGGGUGGUCAAUGGUUCUCACCUCAGCGCAUGUUAGAAUCACUUAGUUGGCUUUUUAAAAUACCAACUCCCUGGCCCCAUUCUUCACGAGUUAAGUUAGUAUCUCUAGGGGUGACUCAGAGUUGUUUUUAAAGCUCUCCAGGUGAUUCGAAUGGGCACCCAGGGUUGAAAACCACUGUAAGCUAAAUAAUGGGAGCAAAGAUCAUUGACCAUUGGUGUGGAUAUGGCCCGGUGGGUCCCUAAGACAGAAGUGAACCAGAGUGAAAGGGUUUGGUUUCAUUACUGGGAAGAUAUUUGUCCUCAGAGGGGACAGGAUUCCUACCAUAGCUACAGAGUCCAGAAAGACAAGAUGGUGGCCACGAAAGGCAAAGGUAGGGUAGGAAGUGGCUUGAGGUUACCUUGGUCCUUCAUCGCUCAAAAGGGAAGCCCAAUCAAGUGUUUUCCGGCUCCAAAUCAGAAAUCUGGACUUCAGAUGCAGUGAGGAGAACACACCAUAUUUUCUUUGUUCAUUUCCUUUGGUUUUCUCUUAAAUUUCAAUAAAGUUCUUUCUUUAAACAA